AUGGAGACGUCCUUGAAGAUUGAUUCGAAAACGCGUCGCUCGUCCAUCUUCGUCAAGCAGCGUUUCACAAACCGCGAAAACUAUUGUCUCACGUUAUCCGGUACAAUUGACCUACAUAACGCAAAGUGUAAAGGGAAGGCGUACGUGCGGAAGAAGUUCUUCCCGUCCGAUUUAAACCCAAUCGUGUCUAGAAUUGAUUGCGGAGUAUAUUACGAUACUGAAACAGACGAUGUUAUAUAUAAACUUAGAGGAAGGAAAUCGUUCGAUAUCACCCGGGAUGGGUUAACGACAUUAGACUUGAAAGGAGGCGUCGAUUUCGCCUUGACGUCGAGCACGCCGAAAAUGGACGGAAAGGUUGAACUGAGUAAAACGAUGUUUAACUUUCAACCGGACCAAGACUUAAAGAUGAAAAUAGGAUUCGACGCGCAAACUAAACGAUUCUAUGGACAAAUACGAGAGAAUAACUGGUCCAUAUGCACAGACUUUUCGAGGAAUACCAGGUGGAAUUUUCAAUACGACUUGUAG